UUUUUCGUUCGUUGUGUGCGCGGGUUCUGUAUUUUGCAUUUUUAGUUUUUAUUUUUAUUUAAUUUUUGUGAAUUAAGUGCUUAGAAUUCAUUUGAAUUUUGCAUACGCUGCUACAGCAGCAUUACGCAGCAAUACACAAAAACGACAGCAAAAUGCAUUGACUGUGAGAUUUUGUAGGUACCAAAGAAGGCGCUUGCAUUGCGUCUCUGUCUUCCCAUCUUCGACAUUAAUAUUCACAAAGCCUGCGUUUAAUACUAUAAUAUAUUAAUAGCGAUCGCGGCAUAUUCACCUCACAACAACAUUAUGAUGCCGAGCACUUUCAUUGCUAGCUGCCUGUUGCUCUUCAGUCUGCCCGCUGCCCUCUUUGCCACGCCCGCCUCUAGUUCCACGCCAGCGAGCUCAACUCAAGGCGAUCUAGAAGCAAUCAAUGGCACAACCAAUUAUCGACUGUAUGGCAAAAAGGGCAAGGACGACAAGCCUUGGCUGAUUGAUCUCGACAGCCGGCACAUACACUGUGUGCGACGUUCACGAUGCCUCGAAGUCAAUGCCACACACAACACUUGCUUGGGUUCCAAGUUACCCUACGGCUUUACCAGUCUGGGCUUGACGGACUAUCGCCAGGAGAAGGAGUUGGAUGAGGCCUUGAGUGGCUACUAUGCGCUAAGACAUGUGCCCAAGUGCUGGGCUGUUAUACAGCCAUUUUUGUGCGCUGUUUUUAAGCCCAAGUGCGAGGUAAUCAAUGGUCAGGACAUGGUCUACCUGCCUUCGUAUGAAAUGUGCAAGAUUACCCUCGAGCCCUGCCGCAUGCUGUACAACACAACAUUUUUCCCGAAAUUUCUGCGUUGCAACGAAACCUUGUUUCCCAUGAAGUGCAGUAAUGAUGCCCGCGAAAUGAAAUUCAAUGUAACGGGCAAAUGUUUGGCACCUUUGGUGCCCGCCGACAACGCGGCGAGCUAUUAUCCCGGCAUUGAGGGCUGCGGCGUGCAAUGCAAGGAUCCGUUGUACACGGACGAUGAGCAUAGACAGAUUCACAAGCUCAUUGGAUAUGGUGGAACUUUAUGUCUGCUGUCGAAUCUGUUUGUGGUCGCAACUUUUCUCAUUGACUGGCAGAAUGCCAACAAAUAUCCAGCUGUCAUUGUAUUUUACAUCAAUCUGUGCUUUCUUAUCUCCUGUUUUGGUUGGCUUGUGCAGUUUACGUCGGGUUCUCGCGAGGAUAUCGUCUGUCGCAAAGAUGGCACACUUCGUCACUCGGAGCCCACGGCCGGCGAGAAUCUCUCCUGUAUUGUGAUAUUUGUGCUUGUAUACUACUUUUUGACUGCCGGCAUGGUGUGGUUUGUAUUCCUCACCUAUGCUUGGCAUUGGCGGGCCAUGGGCCAUGUGCAAGAUCGCAUCGACAAGAAGGGUUCAUACUUUCAUCUGGUGGCUUGGUCGCUGCCCUUGGUGCUAACGAUCACAACGAUGGCGUUGAGUGAGGUUGAUGGCAGCGGCAUUGUGGGCAUCUGUUUUGUGGGCUACACAAAUCAUUCGAUGCGUGCCGGUUUGCUGCUUGGACCUCUAUGCGGCGUCAUUCUAAUUGGUGGCUAUUUCAUAACGCGUGGCAUGAUAAUGUUGUUUGGCCUAAAGCAUUUUGCCAACGACAUUAAAUCCACAUCGGCUAGCAAUAAAAUCCAUUUGAUUAUUAUGCGGAUGGGUGUCUGUGCGCUGUUAACAUUAAUUUUCAUACUCGUUGCCAUCGCCUGUCAUGUGACGGAGUUUCGCCACUCUUCCGAAUGGGCCGAAAGCCUUAGGCAGUACAUAUUUUGUCGCAUCACCUCGGUGUUUGAUGAGAACAGCGUGUGUAAGAUCGAGAAUCGUCCCAGCGUUGGCGUGCUCCAACUGCAUUUGCUUUGCCUAUUCAGUUCGGGCAUUUUAAUGUCUACGUGGUGCUGGACUCCGUCCUCCAUUGAGACCUGGAAGCGUUACAUCAAAAAAAAGUGUGGCAAGGAAGUCGUCGAGGAAGUCAAGAUGCCCAAACACAAGGUCAUUGCACAGACUUGGGCCAAGCGCAAGGACUUUGAGGACAAGGGCCGACUAUCUAUAACCCUCUACAAUACGCACACCGAUCCAGUGGGCUUAAAUUUCGAUGUGAAUGAUUUGAACUCGUCCGAAACGAACGAGAUAAGCUCCACUUGGGUGCAUUAUUUGCCGCAAUGUGUGAAACGUCGCAUGGCCCUGACUGGCGUCACAACAGGCAACACAAACUCCUCCAGUCAAGGCCAGGCUGGACGCAAGAACUCGCUGGACUCGGAGAUUAGUGUGAGCGUGCGUCACGUGUCUGUGGAAUCGCGUCGCAACUCAGUCGACUCGCAGGUCUCAGUGAAGAUUGCCGAAAUGAAAACUAAAGUUGCUUCACGUUCGCGACAACAUGGCAAACAUGGUGGUUACGCCUCGAGCAGCAAUAAGCGCACACAACGGCGUCGCGAUUUCAUUGCGGCCAGCAGCGGACGCACCAAAUACAGCAGCGCCGCUGGACGUGGACGACGGGAGAGCAGCACCUCGGUGGAGUCGCAAGUGAUUGCGCUGAAGAAGACCACGUAUCCAAAUGCUAGUCACAAAGUGGGCAUGUUUGCCCAGAGCACCAAAAAGCAGCACAACAGCAGUCGGCGUCGCAAUGGGGGCCUCGACCCCACAAUCAUCAACGAAUUCAUACAAAAGAAUGGACAGUUUAUAUUGCCUUUUCUGCAGAAUCAAGGCAUGACCACGUCCUCAGACGAGGAGGAAAAUUCGCGUGCCUCGUUCAAGAUACAAGAUCUCAAUGUGGUGGUCAAGCAGGAGUUAAGCGACGACGAUGACGAUGAUGAUGAUGUCGAUGCUGGGCCAACAAUCCAAGAGCUGCCCAACAAUGGCAACAAGGCGGCGGCAUUAGAACAUUUUCUGAAGCACAUGCAAAAGUCUGGGGAAUCCAAUCGUCAUUCUCGCAACUCGCAGCGCAGUCGCAAGUCACGCAAUAAGGAAUCUACCAACAAGUCUCACAAACACGGCGGCGUGGAGUUGGAUCUCGAUCUCGAUAUGGAUUCGAAUAGUGAUUUCAAGCACAAAUACGCACGACAAUUGGCUGCUGCAAUUGAUGUCAACGGUGACUCAUUGAGCUGCUCCUCCGCUGAACUCGAUAUUCCACUCGACAUCAUGUUGCACAGCUCGUACUCGGGACUCUCAACAGGCAAACCAAAUUCACGCAACAGCAAGACUAGUUGUGAUGUGGGCAUACAGGCCAAUCCCUUCGACAUUGCCACACACACGUUGCCCAGCUAUGGAAACGAUGAACUGCAGCAGGCGAUGCGAUUGCUCAAUGCGGCAAGUCGUCAGCGCAACGUACUGCUGUCGGAGGAAGCUACGGAAAUGCAAUCGCUGCUUGGACCACGACAUCAGAAGGAACCAACGAUUAUGAGCGAAUCGGAUAAGCUUAAAAUGCUGCUACUGCCCUCUAAAUAGAGAGAGCAACAAUUUGCAUCCCACUUAACGAAAUGCAUUUACUUAAGUUUCAAAAACUCUACUCUUCCACUACAACAUCGAAUUACGAAUUAACGAAUACUCAUAGCCAUUAAGUUUUUGAAAAGUGUUUACAAAUCUCAAUCGAAAACUAUUAUCUUUAAGCUUUUGUCUGUGUGUUACCCAUUUUAUAUAUACUAUAUAUUGUCGCUAUAUUGACAGUCUAGACUAGUGAAUUUUUAGCAUCUAUGUAUGUUGUUUUAAAUGUACAAAUAAGUUGCCCUAUUGGGCAAAAUCACACAAACAAAAAAACGAAAACUGAAACGAAUUGUGUUACAAAAAAGUGCCUAAAAAAAAUGAUUACAAUUAAGAUUUUUGUAACUAAUAAACCGAUUUUAAAUCCCAUUUUAA